AUGGACGACACAAUCUACCCCCCAAAGCGGCCAUCCGCCCAGCAGCGCUUCGCCCAACGGUUGAACGAACGGGCCAACACAAAUCGCCCUGACGCAGGCGCGACACCUAGGAUAUCCCACGACAUGCUAGCUGGACAAGGUCAUCCCAGCUGUAGUGCGAACACCGUCCAAGCUCUGCCUCGCGAGCAACUCCAGCAGUUGAUUCAGGCGCUGAGGACCACGUCACAACGUCCCGAGACCUUGCCUCAACACCAGGUUCAGUCUCCAGAAGCGAGUCUUCAAGUGCAGUUGGAGAAUCUAUCGAAUUCCGUAUUGGAGGUCCGGAGCGUGGUGCAAGGGAUGAAUGUUCGUCUCGCCAAGCUCGAGAAUCGAGUGGAGGGAAUGGGUAUGGUCAAGGGCACAACGGCCUUGGUCGACGUGGUGCAGGAACUCCGACGCUUGAAGGGCGCCGUUGCUGCCAUUGGCCGGUCUGCCAUCCUCAAGGCUGGACCAACCGAUCAGAAGGCUGAGAUGCAGGCAAAAGAAGGCGCGAGCAAGCCCCCUGAGAAGAAACGCAAGACAGCCAGUAACGAUGCACCCGAGCCCGAACUCCAGCAGAUGGUAACCAGGCGCCAACUGCGUAAAGGCGGGUCGAAGGUAAAUGAGAAGGAGAAGACGACUUCAGUGCCACCGACCAAUGCGAUUUUGGACGCAGUCGAGCGAGGCAGCGAGGAUGAUGCCCGAGAGGCUCUCAAGACUGCGAAGACACCUCGUCGCUCUGGUAAAUAA